AUGCAUGGCAAAGAGAUCAGAAUCAUCGCCCUCUUGGUGUUGGACACCAUUUUCCUUUUAUUGGAGGCCGGUGUGGGCUACACCGUUAAAUCUUUGGCCCUUGUGGCUGAUGCGUUCCACAUGCUUAACGAUAUCAUCUCGCUUGCCGUGGCACUUUGGGCUGUCAAGGUGAAAAAGCUGAAGCCAGCCGACGGUUCUUACACUUAUGGCUGGCAGCGUGCUGAGAUCUUGGGUGCUUUGGUCAACGCUGUCUUUCUUUUGGCCUUGUGUUUCACUAUUAUCAUUGAGGCUAUCAACCGUUUCUUCGACCCUCCAGAGAUCUCCUCACCAAAGCUUGUUUUGGCUGUUGGCUGUGCCGGUUUGAUCAGUAACUUUGUUGGUUUGGUCUUGUUCCACGAGCACGGUCACUCCCACGGCGGUGGCGGUCACUCUCAUGGUGGUGGUGGCCACUCCCACUCUCACGUUGAUGACGAGGAAACCGUUGGUGCCGCUGGUGAAGAUACCCCAACUUCGAACCUUUCUGACUUCUUCCCAGACAAUGUGGUUGAGCGUUUCAAUGAGCUGACUCCAUUGGUGAAGAAGGACACCAAGCCUGCGAAGAAGAAGUCUAUGAACAUGGAAGGUGUGUUUUUGCAUGUUUUGGGUGACGCAUUGGGCAAUGUCGGCGUGAUCAUCACUGCCUUGUUCAUCUGGAAGACCGAAUACUCGUGGCGUUUUUACUCGGACCCUGUGGUGUCUCUUGUCAUUACCGCUAUUAUCUUCUCGUCUGCCUUGCCUCUUUGCAGAAAGUCGUGCAAGAUUUUGUUGCAAGCUACUCCACCCAGCUUGGACCCCAACGUGAUUGCUGAGGAGAUUACUCUCUUGCCUACCAUCAAGUCAAUCCACGACUUCCACAUCUGGAACUUGAACGAGGACUUUAUGGUUGCCUCGUUGCACCUUGAGCUCAACGAGCUGCCAGAGACCGGUGUCCAGGACCAGAGGGGCGAAAUCAACAAGAACGCCUUUGUUGAGACUGUCGCCCAGGUGAGACGCCUUUUGCACAAGUACGGCGUUGACUCCGUCACCAUCCAGCCAGAGUUCCCCAAGCAGAUCCAGAGACAGCUGAGCACACUCUACGGUACUACAAAGACCAGCGCCUCGUGCACGUAA